CUUUUGACUCAUUUUUAAUGUCAUAGAACCCCUAAUACAAACUCUUUGCGCCAAAACAAAACCCUGAAAGCAGAAAACUCAAGAAUCACACGCACAGACAGAAAAAGAGUAAAAAUCUCAAGGCUUUUGUGUGUAAUGGAGGGGGAACAAGAAUCAAGGCCUCAGCAAAAUUCAUCAGUUGAAUGUGAAGAGUGCAAGUCGAAUCCAUGGAAGUACAAAUGCCCAGGCUGCUCUAUACGCACUUGUAGCCUCCCUUGUGUCAAUUCCCACAAACAAAGGACUGCUUGCAGUGGCAAAACGUCCCUCACUCAUGUCCUCCCUCUUUCUCAAUUCGACGAUAACCUCCUUUUAUCAGAUUAUAAUAUGCUUGAGGAUGUUAAAAGAUUUGCUGAAUCUUCUAGAAGAAUGAGACAGAGGCUAUGUGGCUACGCUCAUUUUAAGCUUCCUUUACCUCUUAAAAACCUUCGUAGAGCUGCAACCAGACGCAGAACCAAAAUACAGUUUCUGUCCAGUGGAAUGUCAAAGAGAGAGAAAAAUCAAACGUAUUACGACAACAGGAAUAAGUUCAUAUCUUGGACAAUUGAAUGGCGGUUUAAUUCAACAGAUGUCGUGUUGAUUGACCAUGGAGUACGUGAAGACACAAGUCUCUUCUCUGUGCUUGAAACUCAUCUGAAGCCUGGCCCCUGGAAUCAUCCACUGAAACAAUUUUGUGAAGAAUCUUUGGACUUUCUUAAACUUUUCAUUCGCAAACAUCCAAAGGGAUCAAAAUCACCUUUUUAUCAAUUAAAUAUAAAAGCUCCAUUGCGUGAGCAACUAGCCAAUAAAGUUAUUUUGGAGUACCCCGUCAUUUAUGUUUUUCUGCCAUCACACAGUUAUGAUUUUGAAGUAAUCAAAUAUUCCAUUCCUCGAAAAGUUGAGCCAAAAGCGCCAGAUUGCAGUGAUAGUCCAAGUCCAAGAGGGGUGACGUUCAAGGAGGAGGAUAUAGGGGAUGGUGGAUCAACAGACCCACGCAUUUCAGAUCUCUUGAAUUGUGCCGGGUUAAGUCUGGCAUCCCAGACCUCUAAUAAGCCAUUAGACACAUUAUCAUUUGUCAAGGGGACCACAUCUUUCUUUAACAGACAUUUUAGUGAAGCUGAUCAAGACGUAGUUGGUGAUACAUGCAUAACUUUUGAUUCAGAAGUUUUGUUAACGAAAGAGAAGGAUCUGAGUGGAGAAAUGGAUUGGUCAUUGCUGGGUGACGUUUUGCCUGUGGAAGAUGAAUUAGAGGAAGGGGAGAUAGCUCCAGUUUGAUCACAUUGUCCACCUUAGUGGUGUUUCCAAGAUUUGCCAUGUCGGAUUAAAAUGGUUCUCUUUGUAUACCCACUGAUUCAUGUAAGGUGCAGUAUUUGUUAGCUUUGCUGGGCGACGAGAAUUGGUUCCUGUACAACAUCGAUUUUACAUGGAAAAGAGGUUCAUAAUCUGAUGAGCUGGAUAGAGUGUAGUUUCAUUUUGUAGAUUUUACGUAGAAGCAGUGUACCCUUUGUCGUUCAGUUAUCAGCAGCAUUCUUGGUUCUAUAUGGUAACUUGUUCCACAAUCAAGCAAUUUUAAAACUAUAGUUAAGUGUCCCUUUCACAA